CAUUGUUUCUAUUUGGAUUUUCAUUUAAAACUUGUUUUUGUUGUUUUUUAUGUUUUCUUAGUGUGGCUAAAAUAUGUGAAUUAAUUUGUUGAUUAUUCUUUUCUGCUGCUGCUGCUGGUAGUGAUGAUGAGGACGAUGACGAUGAUGAUGAUGGGGAUGAAGGAGCUCCACACUGAGAUGGUUUGUCCUCUGGUCGGCUCAGUUGGAGGCGGAUCAGCGUCACCUCACACUCAACUCUUCUUCUUCUUCAUCAUCAUCAUCAUCACCACUAUUAUUAUUAAUACAACAAUAACGACCGACUCUCGUUUUUGGAUUAUUUCUGCUCUUUGUCACUCAGAAUAAAAGUGGUGGUGUGGAUGUGAAAGCGAGCUCGUCGUUCUCAGAUGAAGGUGGAGGGUCUCCAGGAGGAGUCGGGUCCCGUGUCCCCAGCAGACCGGACCUCCUCUGAGAACCGGGUGACCCGGCUGCUGAGCGCCGUGGAGGGCGAGCUGCGGGCCGGCCGGGAGAAGGGCGACCCGACGGAGAGGGAGCUCCGGGUCACGCUGGAGGAGGCAGAGCUCUGGAAGAAGUUUCAGGAGAUCACCAAUGAGAUGAUCGUCACCAAGAAUGGCCGCCGGAUGUUCCCGGUCCUGAAGGUCAGCGUCUCCGGUCUGGACCCCAGCUCCAUGUACUCCCUCCUGCUGGACUUUGUGCCGGCCGACGGCUGCCGCUGGAAGUUCGUGAACGGGGAGUGGGCGGCGGCCGGCCGGGCGGAGGGGCGAACCGAGGGGCGGGGCCACGGCGGCAUCUACAUCCACCCCGAUUCGCCCAACUUCGGAGCUCAUUGGAUGAAGGCGGCUGUGACCUUCAACAAGGUGAAGCUCACCAACAAGAUCAACGCAGGGGGACAGGUGGUGCUGAACUCGCUGCACCGCUACGAACCUCAGCUCCACAUCGUGUGCGUCGGCUCUCGCCAUCGACUCGUGUCCCAUGUGACCUUCAAGGAGACGCAGUUCAUCGCUGUCACGGCCUACCAGAACGAGGAGGUCACGGCUCUGAAGAUCAGGUACAACCCCUUUGCUAAAGCCUUCCUGGAUGCAAAGGACCGGAACCCGGGGGGGCGGGGUUUACCGGAGUCCUCAGACAGUUGCGUUGGGAUUCAACCCUGCUGGUCACUGUGCACUGCUGGAGGGGGCGGAGCUUACCCCUACGGUGGUGGUCUCCCACUGAGCUCACACCAUCACCACGGUUACCCGGGACGACACGCACCUUACCCCUCCCCCUACAUGCCGCCACGCCCACACGCCUCAGUUUGUUUGUCUGAAGGUGUCCAGGUGCUAUCAGACAGGUGGAGUAGCUCCUCCCCUCGACCAACCUCCUCCACCAAUCACAACGCCCCGUCCUCACAGCCUCCCACUCCUCACAGCUCCAGUCAGUAUCCAUGUCUGUGGACGGUUGGAUGCGGUGAGCCAAGCCCCUCCCACUCCCCCUGCACAGCCCUCCACGGACCAAUCAGCAGCGAGAGCGUCAUGCAGCCGCCCAGUCAUGGCCGCGUAGGUGUCGCCGCAUGGCCUCCAGGCCCCGGCCACUCCUUCUGAGGGUGGAUGUGAUUGGCUGAAGUGGAAGUUUGCCAGCAGAUCACUGCUGCUGAGUAUCAAUAUCUUUCUAUAAAUACCAGUUAUUACUGGUGGCUACUAAUAUUUACUGGAGACGACUAGUAUUUAGUACUAGCUGUUUGUUCUCACUAGGUUGAGGUACAUCUGGUGUCUCCUUCUCACUAUUGGAUAAUAUAUUGUAGCUACUAGUAUCUACGUGUGACUGAUUGUACAUAUAGUACUUGUAAACUCUUGUCUACUUGUAUCUUCUGGUCUUCUACAGGUGAAUACUUAUAUCCAGUGGUGGCUAGUUAUGUAUUGGUUGUUUUGUUCUUGUACUAAUAUAUAUGACACAAAUAGUCAGCAUCUACUGGUAGCUAGUAAUAUAUAUUGUUUGCUACUAGUAUCUAUUUGUGGCUACUAGUAUAUAUUUGAGGUUCCCAGUAUUCAUCUUUGGCUACUAGCUGUAAAUGUUGUAAAUGCUAACAGUAGCCACCAUUGGCUACGGUGGUCUGUAUUGGUGAUUGGUGGACACUUUGAAUGGCUCGUCAUUACUUCUAUAAAUCAAUAACUACAUAUUAUGUUAUUUCAGCUGUUAAUGGUGACAUAAAAACACUACAAUGAUGUUGUGGAUUCCGUCUGUCUUUCAAACCUGUUUAUUCAUAUUGUACAGUGAUCAGCAGUGUUUCAAGCCAACCAAUUGAGUUGCUGCUUCUAAUGAAAGAGUUAAUUCGUCAAAAGAAUUAUUUAUCUAAAUUCUACAGUUUUAUACCUUUAGAAAGAAAUUCGGUUUUCUUUGGGGAAAUGUUGUUUUUUAUGCUUUGUAUGAAUAAAGGUUUGAAGGAAACCGUU